AUGAAACCAAACUUGUUUGGUUAUGAACUGUGGGAUCUUGACAAUACUGACCUUGGUAAGCUAAACUGUGAUUGGCACCAUCUGCCUGGCACCGUCAUGACACCACCCACACUGUCUGGCACCGUCAUGACACCACCCACACUGUCUGGCACCGUCAUGACACCACCCACACUGUCUGGCACCGUCAUGACACCACCCACACUGCCUGGCACCGUCAUGACACCACCCACACUGCCUGGCACCGUCAUGACACCACCCACACUGCCUGGCACCGUCAUGACACCACCCACACUGUCUGGCACCGUCAUGACACCACCCACACUGUCUGGCACCGUCAUGACACCACCCACACUGCCUGGCACCGUCAUGACACCACCCACACUGCCUGGCACCGUCAUGACACCACCCACACUGCCUGGCACCGUCAUGACACCACCCACACUGCCUGGCACCGUCAUGACACCACCCACACUGCCUGGCACCGUCAUGACACCACCCACACUGCCUGGCACCCUCAUGACACCACCCACACUGCCUGGCACCGUCAUGACACCACCCACACUGUCUGGCACCGUCAUGACACCACCCACACUGCCUGGCACCGUCAUGACACCACCCACACUGCCUGGCACCGUCAUGACACCACCCACACUGCCUGGCACCGUCAUGACACCACCCACACUGCCUGGCACCGUCAUGACACCACCCACACUGCCUGGUCAUAGGUCCGUACAUGUCAUGUCCGCUACCCGCGUCAUCUUCCUGUAUUUGCGCUCAGUCACUAUUACUUUCCUGGCGCUAAUCACUAUAAUGACCCGUACGCAAGAGUCAGCACAGUCACCGUACGCAAGAGUCAGCACAGUCACCGUACGCAAGAGUCAGCACAAUCACCGUACACAAGGGUCAGCACAGUCACCGUACACAAGAGUCAGCACAGUCACCGUACACAAGGGUCAGCACAGUCACCGUACACAAGAGUCAGCACAGUCACAGUACACAAGAGUCAGCACAGUCACCGUACACAAGAGUCAGCACAGUCACCGUACACAAGAGUCAGCACAGUCACCGUACACAAGAGUCAGCACAGUCACCGUACACAAGAGUCAGCACAGUCACAGUACACACGAGUCAGCACAGUCACCGUACACAAGACUCAGCACAGUCACCGUACACAAGAGUCAGCACAGUCACCGUACACAAGAGUCAGCACAGUCACAGUACACACGAGUCAGCACAGUCACCGUACACAAGACUCAGCACAGUCACCGUACACGAGAGUCAGCACAGUCACAGUACACGAGAGUCAGCACAGUCACCGUACACAAGAGUCAGCACAGUCACCGUACACAAGAGUCAGCACAGUCACAGUACACGAGAGUCAGCACAGUCACCGUACACGAGAGUCAGCACAGUCACAGUACACAAGAGUCAGCACAGUCACAGUACACAAGAGUCAGCACAGUCACAGUACACGAGAGUCAGCACAGUCACCGUACACAAGAGUCAGCACAGUCACCGUACACAAGAGUCAGCACAGUCACCGUACACAAGGUCCUGUCCAGGGACGGCCUCUACUCUCCUAUACUGUCCAGGGACGGCCUCUACUCUCCUGUACUGUCCAGGGACGACCUCUACUCUCCUGUACUGUCCAGGGACGGCCUCUACUCUCCUAUACUGUCCAGGGACGACCUCUACUCUCCUGUACUGUCCAGGGACGACCUCUACUCACCAGUACUGUCCAGGGACGACCUCUACUCUCCUGUACUGUCCAGGGACGACCUCUACUCUCCUAUACUGUCCAGGGACGACCUCUACUCUCCUGUACUGUCCAGGGACGACCUCUACUCUCCUGUACUGUCCAGGGACGACCUCUACUCUCCUGUACUGUCCAGGGACGACCUCUACUCUCCUGUACUGUCCAGGGACGACCUCUACUCUCCUGUACUGUUCAGGGACGACCUCUACUCUCCUGUACUGUCCAGGGACGACCUCUACUCUCCUGUACUGUCUAGGGACGACCUCUGA